CCUUGGAAAUCAGCGGUCAUUUAUUGACGGCUCUGUUGAAAAAAAGUUUUAGAAUUAAAAAUGUUUGUUGCGUAAUUGACCAUGUAUUAGCGAAAUAUGUUUAAUUCUCGAUUAACGAGUUUAUUUCCUUUUUACAAACAAAUUAUAUAAACAAACUCUGAGGAAGAAAAUAAAAAAAAAUUAAUAAAACAGAAUAUCAACGUUACGGACCAGUGACCACCGAUUCUCCCUCUCCGUCGAUUGCUCCGAUCAUGGUGCUACAAGUAUGGGAGACGCUCAAGGAAACCAUUACAGCUUACACUGGACUUUCUCCGGCUGCUUUUUUCACCGUCUUAGCUCUCGCUUUCGCCGUCUAUCAAGUCGUCUCCGGUUUCUUCGUCUCUCCCGAAGAACACAGACCUCGUUCUACAGAGGUUUACCCGCAAUCGGAGCCUCUUCCGCCGCCGGUUCAGCUCGGAGAAAUCACCGAGGAUGAGCUUAAGCAGUAUGACGGUUCCGAUUCCAAAAAGCCCCUUCUCAUGGCGAUCAAGGGCCAGAUCUACGAUGUUUCACAGAGCAGGAUGUUCUAUGGACCAGGUGGACCAUACGCUCUGUUUGCAGGCAAAGAUGCAAGCAGAGCUUUGGCGAAGAUGUCGUUUGAGGACAUCGACUUGACAGGAGACAUCUCGGGUCUCGGUCCAUUUGAGCUAGAGGCGUUGCAAGACUGGGAGUACAAGUUCAUGAGCAAGUAUGUCAAAGUCGGGACCAUUCAGAAGAAGGUUGGAGAAGGCAAAGAAGAAACUUCUGAAACAAAAGCUGACGCAGAGGAAAGUCCUUCUACAAAUACUGGAGAAGAAGCUUCCGUGGUUACCCGUGAUGAAACUUCUAGAAGCAUAGAUGAGAAAACAGCAGAAACCACGGAGAACAAGGAUGUUGCGAAUGGUGAUGCUUCAAAGGAGGACAACUAUCUGGGAUAUUGGUUUGGUUCAUAAGACUAAACAACAGCAACUGGAUCUUCAUCCAUGGAUUCUUCAGCAACAGAACCAUCACCAUCUCCGUUGUUACCAUUCAACACAACCACAUUUCCGUCUGCAUCAACAUCAACAAUCACAGAAUCUCCAUCUUUAAUGUCCCUUGAAAGCAUCUUCUCCGCCAUGGUAU